GUGGAAAGGUUAUUAAUGUAAAUACAUUACCAACUGAUAGAAAUCAUACUACACACAAUCCAUUUCGUCCAAAUUUUGGACCAGAAUUAGUUCAUCGUAAAUAUUUUUCCCCAUCAAUAAAAGAAUUUGGACAUAUAUUUAGGUCUCAAUUUCACUCUGGUGAUCCAAAAGAGAUAGCAAUUAAUUUUGUUGAAGAAUUGCAUCCGCAUUCUAAUUUUAUAAUAAAGAAUAUUUAUCGAUCGGAGCAUACUAAUGUUACUCAUGUAUAUUUCAAACAAGUCAUAAAUGGUAUAACAGUUACUAAUGGCGAUUUAAAUAUAAACAUCGACAAGCAUGGAUCAAUCAUCAGUACUGGAGAUUCUUUUGCUUUACCUAAGGGGAAUGCUGAACUUUAUAAUAUCAAUUUUGAUCCAAACCCCAUCAUCUCACCCUACGAGGCUCUAACAUCUUUUGCAAGUCUAUUAAACUUGCAAGCACCUGAAUAUGAUGAAUUGACAAUUUCAACUACAAAUUGGUUGAACGACGAACCUACAUUAUUAAUAUCAAAUGUAUCUUUUGCCUUGUCUGAUGUGGUUGUCAAGCAAUCCUAUCUUCAGCUAGAUACUGAUCAUCAACUACAAUUAAUCUGGGAAUUACAGAUUGAAAUGGAAAAUAACUGGUACCAUGCUCAUAUCGAUGCAUAUUAUGGCAAUCUAUUGUCUUUGAUAGAUUGGGUGUCAGAUGCUACUUAUAAUGUAUUCCCAUUAGGCCUAAAUGAUCCUUCCGAGGGAAGUCGAAAAUUAGUAACUGAUCCUAACGAUGUUAUUUCUUCUCCCUAUGGGUGGCAUUCUCAGGGCCCAAGAAAAAAUUUUACUACCACCAUCGGAAAUAAUGUUUAUGCUCACGAAAAUUUCAAUGGUGAAUGGGAUUGGGAGGAUAAUUAUCGUCCAGAUGGUGGCAAUGAUUUAUUAUUUGAUUAUCCACUUAAUUUGUCAAAUACUCCUAAAUCUUAUAUCGAUUCUGCUGUUUCCAAUUUAUUUUAUUUGAAUAAUAUGAUUCAUGAUCUAUUUUAUAGAUAUGGAUUUAAUGAAGUUGCCGGAAAUUUCCAAGAAAAUAAUUAUGGCAAAGGCGGCAAAGAUCAUGAUGCUGUCAUUGCUAAUGCUCAAGAUGGAUCUGGAUACAAUAAUGCAAAUUUUGCCACGCCUCCUGAUGGUCAACAUGGUAAAAUGCGUAUGUAUGUUUGGGAUGUGGUCGAUCCACUUAGAGAUGGUGAUUUAGAAGCCGGUAUCGUUAUUCAUGAAUAUUCUCAUGGUAUAUCAACCAGAUUAACAGGCGGACCAGCAAAUAGUGGUUGUUUAGGAUGGGGCGAAGCCGGUGGUAUGGGUGAAGGUUGGGGUGACUUUUUUGCGACUAUAUUACGUAUGAAAGAAGAAUAUAAUCGUAGCGUAGAAUUUGGAAUGGGUGAAUGGGCAAAUGGUGGUGAGGGUAUUAGGGCUUAUCCUUACUCAACCUCUCUUAAAACCAAUCCUGAAACAUUUGGUUACUUGGACAAACCAGGAUAUUGGGGUGUCCAUGCUAAAGGUGCUGUAUGGGCUGGAAUUUUAUAUGAAGUUUAUUGGAAUCUUGUUGACAAACUUGGGUUCACAUCAUCCUGGUUUCCACCAACAGAUGAAGAAGAUUAUAGUUGGUAUGAUAGAUCGAUAAUUGACGGAUUCAAUACAAAUAAAAUUCCAAAACAUGGAAACACAUUAUUUUUACAAUUAGUGGUUGAUGGUAUGAAACUUCAACCAUGUAGACCAACUUUUAUCAAUGCAAGAGAUGCAAUCUUGCAAGCUGAUGAAAUCUUAACUGGUGGUGAAAAUAAGUGCGAAAUCUGGAAAGGAUUCGCUAAACGUGGUUUGGGUGUCAAGGCUAAACUUGUUGGCGGUCCUGACUGGGGUGGUGUCAGAAAAGAAAAUUUUGAUGUUCCUACUUCUUGUUCUCACAUCUGUUAA